AUGCCCAGACCCUCCGUGAAACAAGUAUUUCUUCCUCCGGUGGCGUCGGACCCUGAGUAUACGGCAGAAAUUUUGUCUCAUUGGGUAAUUGAAACAGCCUCAACCACUCGCAAAGCACUUUCUUUCAUACGCAGACAAGCAACGAUUUUAAGUGACAUUCUGAAUGAUGUGAAGGAGUCAGCGGAUGAAGAGUUAGCCGAAAUUGAAAGGUCAAGGAAUGCAAAUGUUGAAGAGGCCGCCGAAGAAAAGGAUGCAGCAUAUCAGGUCCAUCCUGGACCGAAGCCAGAAAAGAAAUCGGAUGAGGACAAGUUUGCUGCUAUAGCACAUACAAGUGGCCCAAUGCCAGACAGUGAUCGAUCACAAGAUCUUGCCAAAGAGAUCAAGCUGACAGGACUGAUGACUUUCUUUGUUCGCAGAGCAGAUUACAGGGCUUGUCAGGAAUUACUUGAUCGCAUUGGAGAGACACAGGACUCAUUUGAUAAUCGGGGGAAGAACAAGAAGGGUUCAGUGGGACUGAAUGUUCUUACAGCAAUUAGGAAAGUACAGAACCAGACGGGAAAACUUGGUGUGCACCGUACUUCUCUAAUGCCUAACGAAUUCGAACUGGUGAGGAAAAUGACGUUGUUCAGAGGAGGGAUUGAUAGCGGCGACCUGCUGUGUGAAGUAGCAAGUCGCUUGAAGCCACUUCUUUUUCAAUCUAGUACAUGUGUAAUAAGAUCAGGAACUAUCGGGAUGGGAAUGUACUUCAUAAAUAACGGCAAAUGCAACGUUUCAGUACAAGGUUCGCAAGUGGCAAAGCUGGGAUAUGGUGACUUCUUCGGAGAGGUUGCUUUGACAAUGGCUUCUCAACGAACCGCGGAUGUAGAGGCUGAAGGUCUUGUGGAACUAUUUGAAUUUACCCGGCGCGAUCUCAAAGAUGUUGUGUCAAAGUAUCCUCACUUAUUGAAACGCUUGAAAGACCAAGGAAGGGCUAGAAUUAAACGGGCUUGUUCAUCGCGUUUCAGGGCCAACGAGACUCACCCAGCAAUCAAAGAAGUGGUAGUAAGGGCCAGUCAGAGCAGGAGAUUGAAGUUCCUGUUUGAGCCUGGGGUAUCUGAUGAAGAAGAAGAUGUCGAACAACCAAAGCUCACCGACAAAGCCUGGAGAGACAUUGUGGGAAAAAUGAGAAGGGUUCAAGUACGUGAAGGUGAGAAGUUGGUAGGACCCGGGGUUGAAGGCAACAGCAUCUACAUAUUGGAAGCUGGAGAAUGUCAUGUUCUCAUAAACAAUCUCAAGGUUUCUGGAAUGCACCCUGGAGACUUCUUCGGAGAAGUCGCCCUGAUGCUGUCGAUCGAGAGAACAGCACAAAUCGUAACCGCGACACCCUGUACAUUAUUACGCCUAAAGUCAGAGGAACUUUGUGAUAUUCUGGACGCAUAUCCAGCUCUAUACAGAAAUUUGAUGUCGUUGGCAUCCAAACGCGCUGAUAAACUUCAGAAAGCCUAUGAGGAACUAAAGGGGACCGAACCGACCACCACUGCAAAGGCUGCCAGCGAACCGAUGGGCUGCGCACUUCCUCCAGGGUAUGAUUCUAACCCUGACGAGCCAGGAUCAGGUUCACCGGGUACUCGAAUAGAACAAGUCUCGGAUGAAUAA